CCUGCGGCUUCUUUCCAGGGGCUUCUGCACCCGACUGAGCGAGUCUCCACCAGGUCCCCCGCAUCUCCAGCGGUCGCAUAUCCAGACCUCGCGCCCCCAAGUCCCGGAGUCUCAGCGUCCCUGCGCCCAGGCUGCCUGAGAGGAUGCGCUGCGCGCCGACGGCUGGCGCAGCCCUGGUGCUCUGCGCUGCCACCGCCGGGCUGCUGAGCGCUCAGGGCCACCCCGCGCCGCCCGAGCCGCCGCGCUUCGCGUCCUGGGACGAGAUGAAUGUGCUGGCGCACGGGCUGCUGCAGCUCGGCCACGGGCUGCGCGAACACGUGGAGCGCACCCGCGGCCACCUAGGCGCGCUGGAGCAGCGCCUGAGCGCGUGCGGGGCAGCCUGCCAGAGCCCCGGGGCAUCCGCCGCGCCCCCUCAAGUCCCCGAGAGCCCGGUCGCCGGACGUGAGGCGGCCCCCGAAGCCCUCCGCAGCCUGCAGACACAGCUCAAGGCCCAGAACAGCAGGAUUGAGCAGCUGUUCCAGAAGGUGGCCCAGCAACAGCGGCACCUGGAGAAGCAGCAGCUACGAAUCCAGAAUCUGCAGAGCCAGAUUGGCCUCCUGGCCCCGACCCACCUGAGCAAUGGGAUGGCCAAGCCUGCGCGAAAAAAGAGGCUGCCCAAGAUGGCCCAGCUCGUUGGCCCAGCCUUCAACGCCAGCCGCCUGCACAGGCUGCCCCGGGACUGCCAGGAGCUGUUCGAGGAGGGCGAGAGGCAGAGCGGACUGUUUCAAAUCCAGCCUGAGGGGUCCCCACCAUUCCUGGUCAACUGCAAGAUGACCUCAGAUGGGGGCUGGACAGUCAUUCAGAGGCGCCAAGAUGGCUCUGUGGACUUCGACCGGUCCUGGGAAGCCUACAAGGCCGGCUUCGGGGACCCCCAAGGCGAGUUCUGGCUGGGCCUGGAGAAGGUGCACCGCAUCACAGGGGACCGCGGCAGCCGCCUGGCCGUGCAGCUGCAGGACUGGGACGGCAACGCAGAGUCGCUGCAGUUCCCCGUCCACCUGGGGGGCGAGGACACCGCCUACAGCCUGCAGCUCACGGCCCCCGUGGCCAGCAAGCUGGGCGCCACCAUGGUCACACCCGGUGGCCUCUCCCUGCCCUUCUCCACUCGGGACAAGGACCAUGACCUCCGUGGGGACAAAAACUGCGCCAAGAGCCUCUCCGGUGGCUGGUGGUUCGGCACCUGCAGCCACUCUAACCUCAAUGGCCAGUACUUCCGUUCCAUCCCGCGGCAGCGGCAGCAGCGUAAGAAGGGAAUCUUCUGGAAGACCUGGAGGGGUCGCUACUACCCGCUGCAGGCGACCACCAUGUUGAUCCAGCCCACAGUGGCUGCAGCAGCCUCCUAGUCUCCCAGCUGGGGCCUGGUCCCAGGCUCAUGGAGGACAGUGACUUUGGCUUUGGCCCAGGAGGUGGCCGCUCCCUACCCGGGCAGGGGCUCCAAGCAGCGGCCAUCUGGAGCCUUGUGGACAGAGAGGAAGUCCACGACUGGAGAGGCCCCCUUUCUUCGUGGGGGGCUGCACGCAUUGCCCUCUGAGAACAGGGCCACAGGGCAUGCACUGACCCUGGAAGCGUGGGACCACAGGACAUUGAGACCCACUCCUCGCCCGCCCGAGGUGUGGGGGAUGCAGAGGGACCACUCGGGGACAGCCGGGCUGGCCUCAUUGGUAGACUCAGUCACAUUGACUGGCUGGAGGACCAGGGCUCCCAGGGGCCGCGGGCGCCGCCCUCACAGUGCUGUUGUAUGUGGGUCCCCUGGCACGAGCCGGUGCCAGCGGUGUCCAGGCGGAGCUCACAGAGUUCUUGGAAUAAAAACAACCUCAGAACAU